UAGGUGCCUUGUAGCGGAGAGCGGCGCGUUAUUCCUCUGCGACGGUCAGCAGGACAUCGACUAACGGAACACUUACCAUAACCGGGCAUAAACUACGAUGUCUUCCACCAAAGACGAUGGCGGCUGGAAGAGGUUCGUGUGGGACUCGGACAAAGGAGAGCUGCUCGGUCGAACCGGUGGCAGUUGGCUCAAAAUUAUAGGCUUCUACAUAAUUUUCUAUGGCUGCCUGGCAGGAGUCUUCGUCGGAACCAUCCAAGCCUUGCUGCUCACCUUAAGCAACUACAAGCCCACCUGGCAGGACCGGGUCGCACCCCCCGGCCUUAGUCACACCCCACGAUCAGACAAAUCUGAAGUGUCCUUUAACCUCAAUGACGUGGAGACCUACCUGCCUUACACCAAGGCCUUGAAGGACUUCAUGGCUAAGUACAACGAGGACAUACAGAAGGACCAGAUGAAGUUCGAGGACUGUACAGACAGCCCUGCAGAUUACAAGAACCGGGGCGACUUGGAGAGCGACCAGGGCAUCAGGAAGGCCUGUCGUUUCUACAGGAACCUGCUGGGACCCUGCUCCGGCCUUGACGACCCAGACUUUGGUUUCAAGGAGGGAAAGCCCUGCAUAAUAGUGAAGCUCAACAGGAUUGUCAACUUCCGUCCAAAGCCUCCCACCUCUAAUGAAAGCAUUCCUGACGAGGCUCAACAUAAGGUGCAGCCCAAUGUCAUCCCAAUCUACUGCACCAACAAGAGAGAGGAGGAUGCUGGUAAAAUCGGUGAGAUCAAGUACCACGGUAUCGGCGGAGGCUUCCCCCUGCAGUAUUACCCGUACUACGGCAAGCUGCUGCACCCCCAGUACUUGCAGCCGCUGUUGGCUCUGCAGUUCACCAACCUCACCUUGAAUACUGAACUGCGCAUUGAGUGCAAAGUGUUCGGAGACAACAUUGGGUACAGCGAAAAGGACCGCUAUCAGGGACGCUUUGAAAUCAAGCUAUCUAUUAACAGUUUAUGACCGACAUGAGGAACAUAGCACUUCCCAUGUCCCUCUUUGACCUUAACUAAAUACAGAUUUAAUGGAGGAGAUUAUGAGUGGGGGGGCGGGCUGUAGCGCUUCAGUCAAUCACAAAUAGUCUUAAAUAAAUAAAUAAGAAAUGAAAUAAAAUACCUGAUAGGCGACCGAAGUGUAAUCUCGUCUGCUUUCAUCCCUAGCUUCUACACUUCUAUCUAGCGUUAGGAUGUAACUUAGAGGAAAAGUAGCAACAUGCCAACAAUAUAUUUAUUCAGCUCUAAAUAAGACUUUUCCACAAGCCAUGGGACAUAGUUCAUUGAUGCCUGUAAAGAUAAAUCUCAUCUCUAAUGUGUUGCGAGCUGUGUUUGUCCCCUCUGCAUAUCGCUGCCUUCUUUGGUUUCACUAUUAGUAUUUUUGGAGUGUGCAUUAGUCACAAAAACUGGUCCUUCCAAACCACGUUGUUCCUCAUUUCCUUCUGUGUGUCGACAUGAGCGCACACACACUCCCACUCAAUGCACUCUUCUAAUCUGUGUAAGGAAAUGGCUGCACUCCAGGGAACUUCUUUCCUUUUUAUUUGUCUUUUACAUCUGAUCACUUUUAACUUUGCCUUUUUUUUUUCUUAGUUUCUUUAUGAAAUCAUAUUAAUGUGUGAAGGGUUUUAUCACUUGGUUUCAUGCCUUACUUUUGAUUAUUUUUACCUGUGACGUAGAGUUGUGUCAGGCCUCUUACACUCUUCAUGCUGUCUGGCCCACGGUGCUGACUUGAGUUUUUAACAUUUAUUUGCUGGGUUUGUCACAGAAUUGUGUUGUAAUCUCUGAAUGUUUCAACCAUUAAACGUGAAGGAAAAAUGUUAUAUUUAUGCAAUUGUACAUGUUAUUUCUUUGCAGAAUAUUGUAAUGUAUAAAUGCAAUACCAAAGUGACAAGUUGAAGAGCCUAUCAGAAAUAAUGCAGUACUUGUUUUUAGAACCUCAUGUUAAGUGCUAAAGUCAUUGUGUCGCCUAGCAACCCCAGUGGUUAACUCUUGAUUUGUGCUUCGGCCGUGUAGUUCGCUGUAGAAUGAACAGGUAGCCGACACAUUAUUACACAAUGACCUGACACAAUGCAUUUAAAAAAGACCAGAGUUCCGACAGAGCUCAGUGGCUUUAGGUGAUUAACAAUGUUGGCUUUAAUAUUCCUUAGGAUUUCAUGUUGAUGUACAACACUCUGACUUUACUAUCUGUCAACUCUACACCAUUUCAUCUGUGUCAUUUAAUCAAAGAUCGAAACAAAUAAAGUCAUAAUGGAC